AUGCAAGUCUCCUUCCUGCCAGGCACUGAUGGCUGUCGAGUGUCUCCCCAAAGGCCAGCCUGCCUGCACGCCGGAUUGGAUGGGAAACACAGGCGAUGGGAACAUCGGGUGGCACAACUUUGGGACAGCCAACCAAGGCGAUCGGAACUUAGGCAACAAGAACCAAGGAAGCCACAACAUUGGCAGCAACAACAAGGGGAAUGUUAA